AUGCGUCAAGCAACGAAUAUAAGUCGUAAUCAAUUAAUUUCCGUGGGUACGAGUUUUGGAAAAUUUACAAAAUCAAAAAAAUUUAAACUUCACAUAACUGCUUUGGAUUAUCUUGCUCAAUAUGCUGUGUAUAAAAUAUGGAUAAAACCCAAUGGUGAAGGAUCAUUUUUAUAUGGCAAUCAUGUAUUAAAAGCACAUCUUGGUCGUAUAACUGAUGAUACUCCUCAAAAUAAAGGUGUUGUAAUAUAUUCAAUGUCGGAUGUGCCUUUGGGAUUUGGUGUUACCGCACAUUCUACAGCUGACACACGCAAAUUACAAUCUACCAACAUUGUUGCUUUUAAUCAAGCUGAUGUUGGAUUAUAUUUACGUGAACAAGAUACUUUAUUCGUUUCAUGA